CACCGUUGGGAUUUGGCUUUCCGACAUCCAGCACUGCCGGGGUCUGGCAAUCCGGCACCACCAGGAAUUGGCUCUUGGACAUCGAGCACUGCCAGGAUCCAGUGCUAUGGCACCACUGGGAUUCGGCUCUCCGGCACUGCCGGGCUCUUGCUCUUUGCCAUCGAGCUCCACGGCACCGCAGCGGCCCAGCUCACCAGCAUCAUCGGGGGGGUCUGGAUUGCCGGCACCGGCCGGAUCCGGUUCUGCGGCACCGCCGGAGGCACGUGUGGUGGUAGGCGCAGGCGUGUGGCAGGGCUGUGUCCCCUCUGUGUCCCUCUGUCUGUGUGUCCCUGGCCCCGUGUACAUCCUGGGGUCCGUGUCCAUCCGUGUCCCUGUGUCCGUGUCGCUCCACAUGUCCCCACGUCAGUCCAUGGCUCUCCACCUGUCCCUAUGUCCAUCUCUGUCCCUGUGUCCCUCAGUGUCCCUCUGUCCAUCUAUGUCCCUCCACGUCCCCAUGUCUGUGCCCCUCUGCGUCUCCCCAUGUCCCUCUGUCCCUCCACGUAUCCCUCCACAUCCCCAUAUUUGUCCCUCUGUGUGUCCCCACAUCCCUCCAUGUCCCUCUGUGUCCCCAUGUCCAUCGUGUCCCCACAUCUGUGUCCCUCCCCGUCCCCACAUCCCUCCGUGUCCCCACACCAUCCACAUCCCUGUGUCCCUCUGUGUGUCCCCGUCAUCCAUAUUCCACGUCUGUCCCUCUGUGUCCCCCUCCAUGUCCCAUCAUGUCCCUCUGUCCAUCUAUGUCCCUCCAUGUCCCUCCAUAUCCCCAUAUUUGUCCCUCUGUGUGUCCCCAUGUCAAUCCAUGUCCCUCUGUCCGUGUGUCCCCAGGUCCAUCCAUGUCCCCACAUCUGUGUCCCUCCCCAUCCCCACAUCCCUCUGUGUCCCCACACGGUCCACGUCCCCGUGUCCCUCCGUGUGUCCCCGUGUCCUUCCCUGUCCCCCCAUCAUCCAUGUCUGUGCAUCCCCGUGUCCAUCCCCAUCCCUCGCUGUCCCCCCACGGCCACCCGUGUCCCCACGUCCUCCACGUCCCCGUCUCCCUCCCCACCCCUGUUAUUCCCAUCUCCCUCCCCACAUCCCCGCCCCGCUGUCGCCCACGCCUGGGCCGUCCCGCACGCCUCUCACACGCCUCGCACACGCCUCCCACACGCCAUGGCGCCCUCGGGGCCACCGGAACGGGGCCCGCUGGCCCGACUGGCGCGAGAAACCUCAUGCCCGACCUGCGGGCAACCGCUACGGGACCCCGUCCUUUUUGCCUGUAACCAUAGCUGCUGCCGUCGCUGCCUGCCCGUUGCCCGUCCCGGGGAACCCGUCGCCGCCUUAUCCUGCCCGCGGUGCUGCCUGCCCUGCUCCCCUCGCCGUCUCCGUACCCCCGUGGCUUUGGCCGUGGAGAGUCGCAUCGCCCAACGUUUGGUUCGGGGAAAUCCCGGCCACCCUCGCCGGCCGCAGCGCUGCAGCCUGGGGGCCCAGCUCCGAGCCGACGCCGCACCCCCCCCAUGCCCCCCAUCCCCCAAGGAGCCACCUGGGGGAGGGGGGGAGCCCCCCCAAAAGCUGCCCCCCCUCCUCCUCUUCACUGAUGCCCCCCCAAUAAACGCCGUCUCCCCCCCCACCACGAGCGCCACGGCAGCGGUCGCAGCGGUGCCACCUUUAAUGCCCACAGGUGCCAUGGAGUGCGGGGCGGGGGGCAUGAUUUUGGGAGGGGGGCACCCCAAAAUGGCCCCCCCAAACACUGGGUGCGUCUGGGGUGGGGGGUGAGG